UGGACGGAGGUGACAGUCUGCUCGCUGACGUUCACUGUUCUUCUCCAACAUUUAAAAUUAAUCUUUAUUCUCCUCAUUUGUCCGAGGACGUGGAGCGUUUCAGCAGACAUGUUGCAGCAGUUGGUGAUUAAAGAAGAAAUGCUCCCUGAACAGCAGGAGUUGAAUCUGAGUGUUGACCAGAGGGACAUUAAACAGGAACAAGAGGAAGUCUGGACAAGUAACGAGGGACAGCAGCUUCACCGGCUGGAGACUGAGAAGACCAAGUUACAUUUUGUCCCUGUAAAGACUGAAAAUGAUGAUGAAAUACCACAGUCAUCACAGGUUCUUCAAAACUCAGACAUGUUGCAGCAGUUGGUGAUUAAAGAAGAAAUACUCCCUGAACAGCAGGAGUUGAAUCUGAGUGUUGACCAGAAGGACAUUAAACAGGAACAAGAGGAAGUCUGGACAAGUAACGAGGGACAGCAGCUUCACCGGCUGGAGACUGAGAAGACCAAGUUACAUUUUGUCCCUGUGAAGACUGAAAAUGAUGAUGAAAUACCACAGUCAUCACAGGUUCUUCAAAACUCAGUCCAGCAAUCGUUUAGACAUCAGACGUCAAGCGAGAUGGACCUCCGAGAAGAAAUGCACCAGCUGCUGGAUGAGGACCGAGCUGAUAUACUGAAGGCUGCAGUAUGUCUCCUUGCUGCUGCUGUGGUCGUGAAGACCAGAGCCAGGACAAGGAGGGUCAGAUGUGAAAGAAAAAGGAAGGUUGUGUGGGUGAGAGAAUUGCUCUUGAACAGACACAAGUAUGACAUGUAUGAGAAGCUCAUGAAGCACCUUAGAGAGGGGAAUGUCAAGUCCUUCAGGAACUUUGUCAGAAUGGACCCAGAGAUGUUCGGUCAAAUGGUGGAAGACCUGACCCCUAUGCUCCAGAAGAACACAAGCAUCUGCAGAAAGCCUCUGUUCCCUGGACUCAAGCUGGCCAUCACUCUGAGAUAUCUGGCCACUGGGGACUCUUACAAGUCACUGGCCUAUGAGUUCCGGGUGACACAUAGCACCAUCGUCAGUGUUGUGUCAGAGGUGUGCCAAGCCAUCUACGACCACUACCACGAGAUGGCCUUCAUGUGUCCCACAACAGAAGAGGAGUGGAAGGAGGUGGCCCAGGGUUUCUCAGACAAGUGGGACUUCCAUCACUGCUGUGGCUCCAUAGAUGGCAAGCAUGUGAGAGUGCUAGCGCCACCUCACUCUUGCAGUUUGUACUACAACUACAAAGGCUUCUACUCCAUCAUCACGCUGGCCCUGGUGGAUGCCAACUACAAGUUUAGGUAUGUGGAUGUGGGUGCCUAUGGAGCCGACUCUGACGUUGGAGCCUUCAGGGAUUGUGGACUGUAUCAUGCUCUGGAUCAGGACAAAGCUGGUCUACCAACAAGUGAACCCUUGCCAGGUGAUGACACUGAUGUCCCCUACUUCCUUGUUGGUAAUGAUGCAUUUUCUCUCAGAAGCUGGAUGAUGAAGCCAUACUCCAAGAGACAUUUGACAGCAGCAGAGCGCAUCUUCAACUACAGGUUGUCCAGGGCCCACAGGAUUGUGGAGAAUGCUUUUGGCAUCCUGGCCAACAGGUUCAGGUGUCUCCACUCGUGCAUGAUUCAGGGACCUCAGACUGUCACCAAGAUUGUCUUGGCAGCCUGUACGCUACACAACUUGCUGGCUGACAAGAAUCCUGCCACAAUGCAACAAGCGGCAGACUGGGAGGACCUACUGACACAUGAAGUACAACCAGGGCUGUGGAGACAGCAAGACCAGGAGAAUCCUCUUCAUGGAAUCCAGAGGCAAAUAGGCAACACGGCAACAAUAGAUGGGAAAAGAGUGAGAGACUACCUGACUGAGUACUACAAUAGUGUGGGAGCUGUGCCCUGGCAGAACAGGAGGGUGGGAUUACAAAAUGGUGUAGACGCACAUUCCGAGUGUUGAUGGACGUUCUCAAUUAUAUGCUUCGAUAUAUAUUUUGCACCAAUAACAACUCAUGGUGGUUUGUUUAUCUUGAAUGCAUUCAGUCUUUGUUGCUGGUUUAAUGAACUGUAAUAAAAUUACAAAUUACACAAGCAGUAAGAAAUUACAAAGUUCAUCAGUCCUCCUCCUCAGUGACUGAGACUGUGGUGGCUGCUUCAGCUGGGUGUGUCCACCUGCUACCUUCCUCUUGGAGAAAAGACUAGUGUCGAAGGACUGAAGAGGCUCAGGCUGGUGUCCAUACCCAUAAAGGUGUUCAAUGCUUGGACCAACACUGAACUGCUGAGUGUGGCAAGAUGGGUGGACCACCUGAAAGUGCCACUCUGUGAUGAACGUUUUCUGGAAAUUCCCGGAAAUCCUGGGCACGUAUCCACAAAGCAACUCCUCUCAAAGAGCUCCUAGCUUAGCCUAAAAUUUCCUGGCAAGGAACUUCACCCUAAGAGUUAGCCAGCAGGUGUCUGAAAGCAAGACUGAGCAAAGGGGACAGAAACUCCUAUCUUGGUGAGGAGGCGGGGUUGAUCCAGUUGCUAGGUAUGACUCUAAGAGCUGUGAUUGGUUGUCACGGAAAGGGGAGGAGAAAUAAAAAACAAAAACAAAUGCACUCCGCCCUCCUAGUUGUGAAUGGACAAUGAAAUAAACUGAUCAUAUAACCUGAACUGCACUAAGACAUGUAAUCAUGAGGAUAAAUUUGUAAUGCUGUGUUAACACAUAGGCAGAACACGUUACAAAUGUCAUAUUUGCAUCAUUCUUGGCACAUUCCUGACAUUCUUAAUGUGACUUAAUGCAUCUGAAUA